AUGGGUAACGACGGCGGUUCCAUCCCCAAGCGUCGCGAGCUUGUAAAGAAUGCGGCGCGCGCUCCUACAACUUCCGAACUAAAGGCCACUGCCUUCGAAUCACUCGCACAUGCUUGGGCUCACUGCGCGCUCAGUGGCGACAACCUCGACGUCGACACUCUUGUCUCCGACUGGCGCGGGCGCCUGUACAACUACGAAGCGAUGUUGAAGGGUCUCAUGCCCUCCGACGACCCAGUCGAAGUCACCCCUGCGAGUUUGGGUAUCAAGUCACUGCGUGAUGUUGUAAAGCUGAAGGUGUCCAAGAACGGGGACAAGUUGGUGUGUCCUAUCUCCAUGAAGGAGCUUGGCCCUGCUGUAAAGACUGUCUACCUAGUCCCUUGCGGGCACGUCUUUGCAGAUGUGGCGAUGAGAGAGAUUCAAGCAAAGGCUUGCCCCGAGUGCGGUGUUGAGUUCACACAAGACAACAUUAUCACUGUCCUUGCGGCAUCAAAAGAAGACGUGGAGAAGCUGGAGAAGAGGAUUGAGGACCUCAAGAGCCAAGGACUGACACAUACCUUGAAGAAGGACAAAUCCGAGAAGAAGAAGAAGCGCAAGGGCGACGAUGUGAAGGACGAAGAUAAGGUCACAAGUGGGGUGAAGGAGAUCAAGAAACCCGAGGAUGCUAGGAUCAGUGGUAUAAACAAUUCAUUUGCUGCUUCAUUAACGGCAAAGGUUUUGGCUGAACAGGACGAAAGGAACAAGAGGAGAAAACUGGUGGCAGACUCGACAAGACGAGAGGCUGCCAGGGGUUAA